UCAUUGUAACUGUGAUAUUCCAAAUAGAAGUUUGAAUGAGAACUGUACACAUAACCCCCAAGCUGUCAAAAAUCUUGCUUGUGCGUAUCUACGAGGAAGUUUAUUGUUAAAGUUGUAUUAAAUAGUUGUGGGAUUCUCAAAAAGAUAUUAAAAAUGACUUCCAGUAUGGGCAUAACGAUGACGCUAGCCAACAGCAUUAUUGGCGUUAGUGUCCUAGCAAUGCCUUUCUGUUUCAAACAGUGCGGAAUAAUUUUGUCAAUAGUUAUGCUUCUGCUAAGUAGUAUGCUGUCACGUUACGCUUGUCACUACCUCCUUAAAGCAGCAAUAAUGGCCAGGAGGAGGAACUUCGAAUUUUUAGCCUUCCACGCAUAUGGACCCACAGGAAAAUUUUUGGUUGAGCUCUGCAUUAUAGGUUUUCUGAUGGGCACAUGUAUUGCUUUCUUUGUGGUGGUUGGUGACUUGGGACCUGCAAUUGUUGCAAAGACACUAGGAGUUGAUGACUCAUCCAGACUGAGGUCCUCUGUUCUUGUUGGUCUGGCUCUCUUUGUGGUACUGCCUCUUGGACUGCUAAGAAACGUUGACAGUCUUUCAGCUAUUUCCAUGGCAACAAUUGGGUUUUAUGUAUGUUUGGUUUUGAAGGUUGUUGUUGAAGCACUGCCUCACUUAUUGGCUGGAGACUGGAUGGAGAAAGUCCAUCUCUGGCGGCCAUCUGGGAUCAUGCAGUGCAUUCCUAUAUUCUCCAUGGCACUGUCCUGCCAAACGCAACUAUUUGAAAUUUAUGAAUCUCUUUAUAAUGCUUCACUGGACCGCAUGAAUGAUGUUAUAAAGGCUGCCAUCAAUAUGUGCACCGGAGUAUACAUUUGUGUUGGCUUCUUUGGAUAUGUUGCAUUUUGUACCCAGAAUUUUACAGGUAACAUACUUAUGAGUUUUGCACCUACGACUUCAAGUGAGAUUUUCAAAUUGGGAUUUGUCCUGUCAGUGGCUGUAAGCUUCCCACUUGUCAUCUUCCCUUGCCGUGCCAGCCUCUACUCUUUACUGUUUCGCAGGGCCAUAGUAUACCAUGAGGGUGCUAGCAGUCAUAUUCCAGAAAAUCGAUUCAAAUGGAUCACAAUUUUUCUAGUCGGUGCGUCACUUGGUGUUGGACUUCUUAUCCCUAACAUAGAACUUGUGUUGGGACUUGUUGGAUCAACAAUAGGUGUUCUCAUCUGCGUGAUCUUUCCUGCUGCUGCCUUCAUCAGAGUUUCACCAAAGGCUUCCAGUGAAAGACUUGCAGCACAGGCAGUACUGUUUACAGGGGUGCUUAUUCUCUUCCUUGGUACCUAUGCUACAUUGUAUUCAGCAUCAGAGGCAGCUUCGACCAAGUUGGAUGUGCCACUGGAGUCAGGGAAACUUCUUCAUGAAGGACAAUCUGGAGUUAUCAAAAAUAAGCUUCUGGACAAAAAUAUUGCAGGUGAGGUGGCAGACACACUGGCAAAGGCACAGGCUGCUGUGGAUCUGGCAGCUGCUGUCAACAAUAAGAAACCUCCCGAGGAGCUGGUGGUUCCAGAUGCGAAGCAGCCGGCUGUCGAGGCGGGACCUCCAGCAGCUGAUGUGCGCCGGGAGCUGCCAGUGCCCGGAGCCCGCCAGGAGCCUCCGGUGCCCGUCGAGCCACCUGCUGCACCGGCAGAGGUGCCGGUUGCCGCACCUCUGAAGGCAGUGACAGCUGGAGCGCCAAAAGAGGAAGCCGCGCCAGUGGCAGCUGUCCAUAUGGAUGUGGCACCAGCAGCAGCAGUUGAGGAACCGCCAAAGGCAGAAGCAGUAGCGGUAGCUGGAGACCCAGGACAGGGGCAGGUGCGGGCAGAAGCUGCAGUCAAGGUGCAGGAUAAACAUGAGGAAAGUCCACAGCGGCAGCGAGUGGCGGAGGACGCCAUCCGCAAGGAGGACAGCGAGCUGGCGGAGGGCGAAGGUAACUCUCCAAAAGAUCAAACCAAGAAUAUUACUGAAAAACUAAGUAAAAAGAGUAAGCUAUCUGCAGAUGAAACAAUUAAGGAAUCUAAUGCUCAGUCAAAUAUGGUGAAACCUGUAGAUGUUGGUGUGAAACGUACUUUGCAUGAAGUAGAAUUAAACAAUAAAGCUGCACAAUCCAUAGCAAACCCACUGCCAGCAGAAUCAGUGAAAAGCCCAAACCAGCAGGCUCUCAAUGUUGUUAAGCCCUCGCAAGCCAGUGCUAUAAAUGCAUCAAAACAGAUAGCAGCAGAAAGUGGAAUUGCACAGGCAGGAGCUGUCAAUCAAAACACAGCAAAUCAAAAAAGUCUAGAGACUAAAUCGAAAGUAGUUGUGGCAAAGGCACAGGGUGAAGGACAGAAACAGGGAAGCGCUGGAGCAGCGAAACGUAACGAGGAGGAGAAGUCACUCCAGAUUCCAAGUGCGCAUCCAGGGGGAGUGCAGGUGCCGUCUUUGGCAGACAUUGUGUACAGCAGGAAGGGGGUGCGACCUGUGCCUGCCGAUAGCGGCGUCCAGAAGAAUGCAGCAGAAGUUUCAUCAGGCACUGUACUUUUGGAUCGCUUGAAGGGCAAUGUUAAAUCAGGCAAAAAGGACAGUGCAGGAAAACAGACACAAGAAGAAGCUGGCUCACCACAAGAGCAAGUAGCAGAGGCACACGCUAGGGAGAAACGGGAGACGGAGGCAGCCGCUGAAGAAGGGAACUGCGACGUUGCAGAGAAAGCAGCCAGCUCUCAUCUUCAACAGUCAGGCGGCACAGUAUUGGCAGAAGCCAGUGUAAAGCAGCCAGAAAACAAUGGGUCUUCAAUGUAUCUGCCUCACAUUGCUCCAAACAAAAGGGACAAUUUUUCCACAUUACUUAGUGCGACAGAAAACAGUGCAAAGCCUGCAGUGGUGGAGGAUGUCUCUGUUCCGAAAGAUCCGUCCAGAGAAUCUGUUGUAAAAGAUAACAAGAUUUUGAGUAUAAAGUCACCAGAAAUGGAAGAGGAAGUAGUAAGGAAGGUAGCAGAUAACUCUAGUAAUCUUGUAUUCUCAAGUGAUAUGGUAACAAGAGAUUUUAAUUUGAGAUCUGUCUCAGAGUUGGGAAUCAGCAGUGUAACUGGGGCUCCCCAACACAUGAGGAGCUACACAGAUGUUGCGGUAGAAGCAGAGAAGGCCACGGGUGCUCCUUUUGAGAUAAAGGCCCCACAGCACCUGUCACCUCCCGAUGUCAGUCUUCCUCCGUCAAUUGUCGACUCGGAUGACCGUCUAUCAGCUGCCGGUGUUAAGCCACUGUCCCGCGAUCUGAAGUCUGCUAAAGAUGAUGAGGCAGAAGACAACACAUAA